UGAUGACACAAAGAUCUGUGUGUUACUAUGUGAUCUUUAAUCUUUUAUUUACCGACUGACAAAACCAGGAACUCAAACCCGACAGCAGGUUUAAUUUUAUUGGCGACAGAGUUCCACACGUUCCACGAUGGAUAAGUUUCGUAUGAUGUUCCAGUUCCUCCAGUCCAACCAGGAGUCUUUUAUGAACGGGAUCUGUGGGAUUAUGGCUCUGGCGAGCGCACAAAUGUACUCUGUGUUCGAAUUCAGCUGCCCCUGCAUUCCAGAAUACAACUACAACUAUGGGAUUGGGCUGCUCGUUGUUCCGCCCAUUUGGUUCUUCGUGUUGGGUUUUGUACUGAACAAUAACAUCUCGGUUCUGGCUGAGGAGUGGAGAAGGCCCACGGGGAGACGCAGGAAGGACCCAUCAAUCUUGCGCUACAUGUUCUGCUCCAUCACGCAGAGGUCCCUGAUCGCUCCGGCGGUCUGGAUCUCUGUGACACUCAUGGAUGGGAAGAGCUUCCUGUGUGCCUUCAGCAUCAAUCUGGACAUUGACAAGUUUGGGAAUUCCAGCUUCCUUAAAGGAAUGUCAGAGACAGAGAGACUGAAAGUGAUGGCAAAAAUUCCAUGCAAAGAUCUGUUUGGCCAUCAGGAAAUUAGCGUGGCAGCAUCACGAUACAUCAAGUGUAUUUCACAGGCGUGUGGAUGGAUGUUUCUGCUGCUGAUGACCUUCACGGCCUUCCUGAUCCGUGCUGUUCGCCCGUGCUUUACCCAGGCCGCAUUCCUCAAGACCAAGUACUGGUCUCAUUACAUCGACAUCGAGCGCAAGAUGUUCGACGAGACCUGCAAGGAGCACGCCAAGAGCUUCGCCAAGGUUUGCAUCCACCAGUACUUUGAGAACAUCAGCGGAGAGAUGCACAGCUUCCACCAGCACCACUGCAGCAGGCACAACAGCGAAGACGACGAAGACAGCCAGCGGAGCGACGAGGAGAAGCUUCUCGGGAUCAGGGCCCAGGACGACAUGAACAAAGUCCUGUGGAACUGGCACACCUGUAAGCCGGCGCUCGCUCUGAGAAAGGAGCAAGUGGACAAUGAGGACAGAGGCAAAGUGAACGCCAACGGGUUCAGCAACGGGUUUGUAGCAGGACACACCCGGGACGUGGAGAAAAAGGAAUGGGCGGUGUACUACAGUAAGGUCUGAGGACUUCAAAGAGAAAAUACUAAACCUUUUACAAAAGUCUGUGGGUUUUUUGUUUGUUUUGUAAGUCCACCAUUUAAUGACAUUUUCCACAUUAGUUCUCUAAUAUUUGUAGGACAUCUACCUGAUCAAGACAGAAAUCCUUAAACAUCACAGCAAAUAAACACAGGUUUGAACUGAACAAUAAGUGUUUGGUUUCAGGACAACCUGCAGACCCACCUCAGCCACAGUCACUGACAUGUAAAUUCUGCACAAAAUAUUUAGCAGGUGGGACACGUAAAGUAAGACCUUUUGGCUGCACUCGGGGGCCCCACAGCAAAUCCAAGGUGGAUCUGCAUGUUGAUUUUA